GUUGAAAGAAUUCUCUAAAAUGGCUCCAGAAGUGGUGGUACCAGCAAAUUUUGGGAAGCACCACCUGAAGUCUCGCUCACACAGUAACCUGGAACUGUUGUGUAAUGAAGGAGAGAUAAAGCGAGCUAAUUCAAUGAUACUGUCUCUAAACAGCUCUGUUAUAGAUGAUCUGAUCUCUAGACUUGACAUUACUUCUCUGGACGUGCAGGACUUUGGAGCCGGUGCUGUGGGGUGUUUUGUUGAAUCUAUGUACAGUGGAGAACUGGAGAAGUGUGAUAAGAGUAACUUUAGAGACCUGAAUAAGAUGGGACAUGUUUUCAAUGUGAGCUGGUUUACAGAGAGAUGUUUGGAGUACUUUACGGAGCAUGUUGAUAUGUUGACUGGGAGGUGUUAUGAGGAUGUUUUGUUUGUGGUAGAGGAGGCUAGGUUUGUUGAAGAGAGUCAGAAGAAGAACAACUUUACUUCUUUAGUUGAAGAUAAGCUGAACACGAUGAGAAAUAGGAAGAGUAUGUUCUUGAAGCAGUAUUCCAAUGAUCUGAGUAACAUUUCAAUCAGCCAGCUUAAAAUGGUUGUUAAGUUAGCUGGGUCUGAUGUUGGUAUACUCGUCCAUAUUCUCGUUCGUCAUCUGAAAAUUACUGGUUCUACUUCCUUUGUUGAAACGUCACGUUUUCUAUUUGAAAACAUUGAUUUUGAAUGUUGUUUUGCAAAAAGAAGGUUUCAUGGCAUAACCAUUGAAUUGUGUGAUAUCCUUAUGGAAAAAUUUAAUGAAGAUUUCAAGUCUGCAAUAACACUAUUUAUCUCAAAACCAUUAGCAGAGGUAAACAGUAACGAUGAUAAGAUUCACUACCCUGUUUUAGAUGAUGUACCUGUAAAGGAAUUCCUUUGCUAUGAUAUAGACACUUGUCUUGAGUUUCUUUCAUCUUCAGAUAAAGUAACCAACACUCAUCACCUUUUUGAUGCACUAUACACAUGGAUGCAUCUCUGGAAGGAUAAUGAUCCUAAAACUGCUGUAAAAUUUGAACCCGAAGAAGUUUUGGAGGAAAUUAUCAACAUUAAAGAAGAUCGAUGUUGGAACAAAGCCUCUGUACAAUAUCUUAAAGCUUUAACAGCAGAUAAUUCGGUGAGUACUUCUAAGCUUCGGCAAGUAUUCCUUGACUGUCAAGAAUUAUCGGGCAAUGAUAACCACUGGUAUCUGUCAAGUAAUGAGCAAUUUCCAUUCGAAAAUGUCCUGACUGAGAAUUUGAAGAUAACCCUAGUUUCUGAAGAAAAGAUAUCAUCUUGCAAGAAAGAAACAAAAUGUGCCAUUAUGAUGCAAACCACACCCAUAAAUUCCCAAGAUGAUGUCACAUCAUUUUCGCUCAAAGUGUUGCAAGAAAGAGAAGUUAAAGAUAAUGAUGAAGUUCAUUAUCAUGACGUGAUAGAAGCACACCAAAGUGUUAGUUUUAUAAUACGUUUAUCAUCAGAAAAUAAAAAGACACAUGUUCUUCCUAUUCCAUUUAAUAUCAAUCCGUCUUGGUCUGGAUUUUGGCACUGGGGUUUCUUUUCCUUUAAUAAAUACGGUAUUUGUGGUCUUGGUCCUAUCUGCCAUUAUGUUUAUUGUCAAGACAAGAAUGCUAAGAUAGUAUUUAAUGCUGUUGUCAGUGAUAAAUAAAGAGACCAGUAGUGUAGUGGUUGUGCCUACAAAAUAAGCUUAUUUGUGAC